AUCUGAUGGCAUUCCUACAACUAUAAGUUCUAAUGCAAAUAAUAUCAGUCAUACAAGCAAUAAUGUUACUAGCAAUAUAUCGCCUAAUACGAUAUCAGACGCGGGAGCAUCCACCUCUCCCAGACAAUAUAAAUUGCCGACUUCAAGCACGCCAUCCGCAACGAUGGCUGCAUCGUAUCAGCGACAUCCAUCUUCGUUACAACCAAAUAUAGUAGCUAAUAAUAAUAAUAUGACCGAUUAUGCAAUAAUGACAACAAAUAAUAAUUCCGAACAAUCUUAUCAAGUGCUUCCUCCGUUAGUAGGAAUUGGUGGUAUGUCAAUUGGAGGCGCUGGGAACAGCAAUGCUAACAACGGACAGGGCACAGGGAUACUGCCUUCUUUAAUUGGUUUAAACGAUCAAUUUGCCAUGCCCACAUCCCAGCAACAGCAACAACUUCAACAAUUACAGAAUGUAGGAUUCACAGGCUUUAUGAGUGGUGGUAAUUCUGGGAUGUCCAAUAGUGCGGGGUUUGGCGCCACAAAUACUUUUG